AUGGCCCCCCCCCCCUGCCCCACUGUAGUUCCGCCCCUGUCGGCAGGGCACUCUUGUCACACAUACUUCACUUCACUCACCUUUUUCUUUCUCUCUCUCUCUCUCUGCAAGUCCAUUUGCUUCUCCACCACCUUCUUCAUUCCUUCAUUCACUGCAUGUCAGCAUGGGCUUCUUGAAAAGCUGUUUCUGAAAUCAGAUUCUGUGAGUUUCUUGCUGUGUGACGAUAGCAGCAGAAGGACUGACUGAUAUUUAUCAUUCUCUGUAUUCCGUAGACUGAAAAUUUGGAGAUUCUUAGACUAUUAUUUGAUGGUUCUUUUUUGUAUAUGCAUAGAUGGAACAAAUAAUUAAUGACAAGGGUGAGAACCACUCUACUACCCAAGGGAAUAAAAAGAAGAAACCAGAUAGCCAUAAACACUAUUCUAAUAAAGAUGACAUGCCACAAAAUGUUCUUUGGACAGAAGGGCUUAUCUGUGCUUUUGAAUUCAUUCGGGGCCGCAAGAAAUCAAUCAGUUCAAGAAUGAUGCACGUGCCUGCAAAUGGACAAGCUGAGGCUUCUUCCCCAAGACUAGAUAGGAAUGUAUUAUUAGAGAAUUCAUCCUUAAAUGAUUUCGGGAGCAAUGAGAUUUCCUCUUUUGAUGACUACAAAUAUAGCCAGAUCAGUCAACCAAGCCAAUUGCAUGGUAUAGAAAGACUUGAUGGUAGUCAUUGGGUACCAAUUGGUUGGGCUAGAAUUUCAGAACUUGUCCAAAAUCUGCAAGUAGAUGCUGACUUUACCUUGCGUCAGUUUGAGUCCAUGGAUGAUGAAGCUGACCUAACUGUUGCUGAUUUAGCAGCUCCCUACUGGGAGCGUCCAGCAGGGCCUAUAUGGUGGUGCCAUGUGUAUGCAGGUCACCCCUCCAUUCAAGCAUGGCUCAGCAAUGCUCAGUGGUUACAUCCUGCUGUUAGUUUAGCCUUAAAAGAUGAAAGUCGCCUGAUUAGUGAGCGGAUGAAACACCUUCUUUAUGAGGUACCAGUUAGAGUUGCUGGAGGACUGUUAUUUGAGCUACUGGGACAGUCAGCAGGUGAUCCUUUUGUUCAUGAGGAUGACAUCCCCAUUGUACUCCGGUCUUGGCAAGCACAAAACUUCCUGAUAACUGCAAUGCAUAUAAAGGGAAAUGUUUCCAGAAUAAAUGUAUUGGGUAUCACAGAAGUUCAGGAGCUUCUUUCUACUGGAGGUUAUAAUGCGCCAAGAACAGUGCAUGAAGUCAUAGCACAUCUAGCUUGCCGUCUUUCUCGAUGGGAUGAUAGGCUAUUUCGUAAGGACAUUUUUGGGGCUGCUGAUGAGAUUGAAUUGAAGUUCAUGGACAGGAGAAACCAGGAAGAUAUGAAUCUCUUUAGUAUAAUUCUCAACCAAGAAAUCAGAAAGUUAUCAAGGCAGGUGAUCAGAGUUAAGUGGUCACUUCAUGCAAGGGAGGAGAUUGUAUUUGAGCUUCUCCAACAUUUGAGAGGAAAUGCAGCAAAAAGCUUGUUAGAUGGAAUCAGAAAAAGUACAAGAGAAAUGAUUGAGGAGCAAGAAGCUGUUCGUGGCCGCUUGUUUACCAUUCAAGAUGUGAUGCAAAGUACUGUUCGUGCAUGGUUGCAGGAUAAAAGCCUUCGAGUAACGCAUAAUCUGACUGUUUUUGGGGGUUGUGGCCUUGUUCUUUCUAUUAUCACUGGGCUAUUUGGGAUCAACGUUGAUGGAAUCCCGGGAUCAGAGAAUACACCAUAUGCAUUUGGUUUGUUUGCAGCCAUCCUCUUUUGCGUAGGAGUUCUGUUAAUUGUAGUUGGCAUAAUUUAUCUUGGGUUGAAAAGGCCUGUUGCUGAGGAACAGGUUGAAGUUAGGACGUUGGAGCUGGAUGAUUUGGUUAAGAUGUUCCAGCAUGAGGCAGAGACUCAUGCCCAAGUUCGUAAAAAUAUUUCUCGGAAUAACAUGCCCCCAACUGCUGGCGAUGCGUUUGUAAACAACGUAAAUUAUCUUCUCAUAAAAUAACCUGUUCCCCCCUUUAUUGUUCAAUAUAUAUUCUCAUACAAAGGAUAGAGUAAAGAAGGGAUCAUGAAGGAGAUAUUUUUUGUAAUUCCUUAAUGUAAGACUGUAUAACAAACCAUGAUAGGGCAGUGUUCUAUCAAUCAUAAUGAGGCUUCACUCAUUUUUACCUA